ACACUGGUGUUUUUGUGGUUAGUACACAUGUGUUAGACACAGUUCUACAUAGCAGUCCUCAUAUGUAAUGUAAGGCUUCAGAGUGAGGACAAUAUGUAAAACAAUACACUUUAAAUGGUUAUUCAACACUAACAACGGAAAACAUCGGCAGACAACUCUAAAGAUGUAUCAAAACGUACACAGCGAUUACAGAUUAACACAGCCAUGAAUGAAAGAGGUGCCUUUGGAGGCAGAAAUUUGUGGUGACUUUGUCCAGGCAAAGUGUGAUUUGGGGGUCAGUUAUAAGCCUCAAAAUGUCAGGAGACACCCCUGUGGAAGUGGAAGACAGACAUCAUGAAAUGCGGAGUACAGGAAGUUGUAACUCAACCAUAUUGGAAUGGAUUUUUGUGAGAUAUUCCAAAAUGUAACUACAAUUUUAAGAUGGACUGUACAGAGUUUAUAAAGAAAUCUUAUAGACCUUCAGAUAUGUUGUUCAAAUUUUGAUUUUUGAUUAUUGAAUCACGUGAUAUCUGAGGACAGUACUUUGGACAAAUAUAUCAGACUGAUCCAUUGGUAUAAUACAAAACACAGAAACUCCAGAAAUAAUAUCAACAUUUAUCCUGGCUCUGGCAGAUGAUGAAGAGAAUGUUAACCAGCUUCUGUCUAUGUAUGUCAAGUCAAUGACAUUUUGAAGCCUCAUGCUUCUUCUAGACAUGGAUUCGCGGGAGAAAGCCACGUUACAAAACUGUAGGAAUUGUCUAAUGGAGGAUCUGGACCCGACCAAGUCUUUCCUGGCCCAGCUUCACUACAGCAAUAUCCUGACCCAAGAUCAGGUGGAGAGGGUAGAAAAGCAGGUAACAAGGCAGGACAAGGUGGUGACAUUGAUGGAGAUUCUGCCCCGCCGUGGACCUCGUGCAUUCCGACAGUUUGUACAGGUUCUCAGGCAUGAUUACCAAUGGAUCAGUGAAAAGAUGGAGACAGAACUGAACAUACAGGAUUAUACUCAACGAAUCCGAACUGCUGUUGAGGAAAGAAUGAGAUUAAAUGGCGAGAUUCUCCGCGACAAGGAUUACAUACUUAAGGUGCUGUCAGAGACCAUUGUCCCGAUUGUGCUUCAGGAAGUGUCCAAUAUUUCUCCUACAGGGAGCCCCUCAGAGGCUCUCGAUCAACCUCUAAAAGACCUCAUAUCUGAUCAUUUGAUGCCUCUUCUAAAGGGGCCAGAUGGAGGAAAACUCAAGUUAGAUUCACUCCACUAUGAAAUUCUUCUCACGAAAAUUUCAGACUUACUGGAUGAAUUGGCAAAGCGGUGCUGGAAGUCUCUUGGACUAGAUAGUGAAGAUGGUGCCUGCACAGAAUAUUCCAUACCAAAGCUCAUAGAGAAACGAUUUGAAGAUAUGAAGGUUGAAGUACUUGCCAUGAAAAAAGAGGCAAAGAAAGUGAAAAAGGUUGAGGAGAAACUAACAGCAGAGAAUCAGAAGUAUAAAUUAGAAACAAAGACAUUAAAAGACGAGGUUAAAAAAUUAAAAUCUGAUAACCAAUCAAAUCGUCAAGAGUGCAAAAAACUAAAAGAUGAGUUAAAGAAAUCUAAAAUGGAAAGUGAAAAAUUACGACAGGAAGUGAAUAACUUAAAAGAAUUGCUGGACAGUAAUGGUAUAGACUUGAGGAUAUCGUCUGAAUUUCUGGGGACGUAAAAAAAAAAAAAGGUCAUAAAUGUUCAUUAAGGAUUUAAC